AAACCACACAACAAAUUAAGCAACUUCUUAAUUAUAUUUACUAACUAAUACUUCUUUCACUAGCAAGUUAGCAUAUUAUAUAAUUCAUAAUGGGUGUUUUCAAUUUUGAGGAUGAAACCACCUCUAUUGUAGCUCCUGCUACACUUUACAAAGCUCUUGUUACGGAUGCUGACACCCUUACCCCAAAGGUUAUUGAUGCCAUCAAGAGUAUUGAUAUCGUUGAAGGAAACGGCGGAGCCGGAACCAUCAAGAAACUCACUUUUGUCGAAGAUGGUGAAACAAAGUAUGUGUUGCACAAAGUGGACUUAGUAGAUGAUGUUAACUUGGCUUACCACUACAGCAUAGUUGGUGGUUUUGGGCUUCCAGACACAAUAGAGAAGAUUUCAUUUGAGGCUAAAUUAUCUGCAGGACCAAAUGGAGGAACCAUUGCAAAGCUUAGUGUGAAAUACUUCACCAAAGGUGAUGUUGCACCAAGUGAAGAGGAACUCAAGAAUGGCAAAGCUAGGGGUGAUGGUCUUUUCAAAGCUCUUGAAGGUUAUGUUUUGGCAAAUCCUGAUUACUAAAGCAUAUAGCUAAUUGCUUACUUGCUUUAUACAUGGCGUGUUGUAAUGCAUUUUAUUGUAUCAAGUGUGCUUGAUUUGGUUGCCAAUGUAAUUCUCUCAUUUUUUUUCGUUUUAUUUCUCUCUAUUUCUUUCCUUUUGUUGUGGAAGUGUGAGUGUGAGAUUGUAAGUUGUGUGUGUACCUUGCUUCAGUAAAUUAUAAUAAUAUAUAUUUCUUUUUUA